GUGUCGCGCGGAUGCUGGUUGCUAUGGUCUGAACGUUCGCUGUGUGAACUUCGGCAGUCGGUGACGGAACUCUUUUCGUCUUUUAUUCCGUUUCGAUAUAUUUAAAAAUGGACAACUCAGGAACCGGCGGAGGUUUGCGGGCCGGCUUCGGUCUUUUCGGUGGCGGUGGUGCGGGAGCAGCAGGGAGCUCAGUAGCUGAUUAUUCUCAGCCCGACCUUUCCCGUGUCCCUUUGACUGGGAUGAGCCCUUUGUCUCCAUAUUUGAACCUUGAUCCUAGAUAUCUGGUCCAGGAUACUGAUGAAUUUAUAUUACCAACAGGAGCAAAUAAGACGAGAGGAAGAUUUGAGCUGGCAUUUUUUACAAUUGGUGGCUGCUGUAUGACUGGUGCCGCUAUUGGUGCAGUAAAUGGCUUGCGUCUGGGCUUGAAGGAAACGCGGGAUAUGGCUUGGUCAAAACCUAGAAACGUUCAAAUCCUGAAUAUGGUCACACGGCAAGGAGCUUUGUGGGCCAACACGUUGGGCUCCUUGGCUCUCUUAUACAGCACAUUUGGUGUUGUGAUUGAAAAGGUUCGAGGUGCAGAGGAUGACCUGAAUACAGUGGCAGCGGGGACCUUAACUGGCUUGCUAUACAAAUCUACAGCUGGACUUCGUGGAGCUGUACGGGGAGGAUUUAUUGGCUUCACUCUGACUGGACUCUAUGCUCUCUAUAACAACUGGGACCAUAUAAAGGGUGUAUCUGUGCGACAUUCCCUCUGAGACUGCACUAUGGGAAUUCUGUGGGAAGAGCCAAGAUGGACAUCUGAAUAGGAAAUAAGUACAGUAAAUGACUUGAUCUUUUAAAAAGUAUAUAUUAAAUGCCACUUUAUCCUUUUUUGAGAUUUGACAUGGAAGACACUCACAUUGUGAGUGAAUUGUAUUGUUCUUUUGGUUGAUUGAUCCUAAUCUUACUGUGACACUGAGGUGAGCAGAGUCUGCAGAAAUAACAAACUCCCCUCAAGCACAGCUCUCAGAUUGGCAGCAAUCCCAAAUAGAAUGGAUCAAUGUAGAAUGAUUCUUGGGUCACAAGCAGUGGGAUAAUUUAUUAAUUAAUCAAACCUUCCAUCAGCAGAAACUGAAGACUCCACUAGCAUGAAUAGUGAUUCAAUCAGACAUUGGAUCAGAACCUCCACACCUGAGGAAUCUUCAGGCCAUUUCAUUAUGUUCCUCUUAAUUUGUUUUCAAUAUCCAGCUUUGUAAUGAUGUCUAAACUCAAGUUAUCGAGGUACCGAUUUAUUAUGGGUAUCUCAGCUUCUGCACAACAUUCAUGCCUUUACUCAGUGUGUCUGAUCUAUGAGCAACAACCUUGUGGAUUGAACUGGUUGUUCACCAACUGUUCUGCUGAUUCCCCAUGCAGCAAAUUAGAUUUUUAUUCAAGUGAUUUGACAAAUACUUAUGGCAAGAUAGCUAAUUAGAUGGUUUUCUUUUACUUCCUGUAUUGUGCAGCACACUCUGAAAAUGGAUUAGCUAAACUCCUUACUUUAUUAUAUAGCCCAACUUUGCCCCAUGUUGUGCCUGGUAAAAAAAAGUUUCAUGCUCAUAAAUUUUUGUGGGAAUGUCAAGGUGCCCCACCUUCUGGUCUAAUUUGCCAUCACUUCAGAUUCAACAAUUUUGUCCCAACAAAGCAAACUUCACAUACCAUUUGUUAUAUUGAUGUACUUCCCAUGAGAUAAAGCUAUAUAAAUACUUGCUAAUUAUGUACAUGGGCAUGCUUUGGAAAAAUCUUCGAGCAAUAGUUGUGAAGAAAAUAAAAUUGGGGCCUGAAAUGGAAUGAGAAAAAUAAGGUGCCUGAAAAUAAAGUUGUUCAGAAUGAGUAUCAAAGAGGGAAGCUUGUCAUUGAUCUGUUAAUCACUUGUAAAAUAUUGGAGAAAUCCAAGAAAAGGUCCACAAGGACUCUGCUGGAAAAAUAACUUGUGAACUGUUCCUUUAAUUAUUACUUGAGUUACUUGGGUCAAAGCUGCCACCCUUUUAACUGUUCUAUUGUAUUUUUUUAGACAAAUGUAUUCUAUUGGAGGAAUCUAGUCACAAACUGUAUGGCAAGCACAGAACAAAAUAAAGGAAAGCUAUUUAUUGUG